AGCGUCAACAAUAAUAUAAGGGAUGGCAAAAAUCGAACCAUUCGCGUGGCCCAUUUCAGCGACACGCACGUUGACCGCUUCUACACGGCGGGAGCCAGCUAUGUCUGCUCGAAACCCAUGUGCUGCCAGCCUUUUACAGCGGAUGAUGCGCCCAACAGCACGCUCUUCCCCUGCAGUGACUGGGGCAAUCCUCGGUGCGAUCCUCCCAUUCGCCUCCUAACUGACAGUCUAUUGUCCGUCCUGCAGGGCCUUCAGCCUCCGCUUGCCUUCGCCUUAUCCACCGGAGACGUCGUCCCCCACGAUUUCUGGCUCACCAGUCGCGCGCCCGAUGAAGCCGACUACAACACCACGUAUACAGCCCUGCAGACCCUCACCCGCUAGGGACCCGUCUAUCUGGCCAUCGGCAACCACGACACCUUCCCGAUCAACAUCUACCCAGUCCCUUCCACGCCAUUCUCGAGUCUGACGCCGCAAUGGGCCUACGACCUCUUCGCCUACUGGUCGAACCGCCUCUCCCUCCAACCGAGCCUACCAUCACCAAUCCCCCAACCCAAGAACCACGGCAACUACAGCAUCCUGCACCAG